AUGCGCGCAACCCGCAUAGGAUACUGCUACAAGCUCAUCCGCGGCACUCUUUCCUUUGAUAUGCUAGACCUGCAUCAAAAAUACGGCGAUGUGGUCCGUAUUGCGCCCGACGAGCUAGCUUUCUCGGAUGCAGGGGCGUGGAAAGUAAUUUUUGGCCACAGAACAGGAACCACGACGCCAUCUCUUAGCUUCGAAAAGUCAGACACGUUUUACAGACCAAUUCCCGGCCUGCCGCGGGAUAUCAUCACCGCUCUGGGCCCACAACAUGCUGCUUUGAGAAGGCAGAUGUCUCAUGGUUUCAGUGACCGAGCUUUGAGGGAACAACAGCCUGUCAUCAUGAAAUAUGUUGACAUAUUCAUCCAACGACUGAAAGAACAAGCUACUUCUGGCCAUAGGCCUGUAGAUCUGACGCUUUGGUACAACUACUGCAGCUUUGACAUAAUUGGGGAUCUGGCGUUUGGUGAACCGUUUGGCUGCCUUGACAAUUCCGAAUACCACCCCUGGGUACGUACGGUGUUCGAUCUAAUUAAAGUCGGGGUUGUUUUCCAGACUGCAAAUCACUAUUCCUUUCUAAGGAAAAUAAUCACUUCGGUACUUUCUACAGAAACGAUGCGACAAAGAAGGAUGGACCAUAAGGAUAUGACGAUGCAGAAAGUCCUGAGGAGAAUAGAAUUGGGGAAGACGGGUCCAAGGCCGGACUUGAUUGAGGGGCUCUUGAAGAAGAAGGAUGAAUGGGUAUGUAAAACCAGGACCCACCAAACCACCCAUCUCGUCAUUGUCCAAAUGCUCUUCAAAGUGAACAUGUCACUAGAUGAGCUCGAGGCCAACAGCAGUAUUCUAAUCAUUGCCGGCUCUGAGACAACAGCGACGGUUCUAUCCGGAGUUACGUACCUACUGCUCAAGAAUCCCGAUAAAAUGGCAAAGUUGGCCAAGGAAGUCCGUACAAUGUUCCAGAGCGAGGAUGAGAUCGACUUCACGUCAGUCAACAAAUUGACAUACAUGCUGGCUUGUCUAGACGAAGCUCUGCGGAUGUAUCCCCCCGUCCCUACUGGCCUCCCGCGAGUUGUUCCUGAAGGAGGAGCGACAAUUUCUGGGCGCUACGUUCCUGAGAACACAAUCGUCGGCAUCCAUCAAUGGGCCACAUACCAUAACGAAAAGAAUUUUAAACACCCGUUCAAGUUCCAUCCGGAACGAUUUCUUGGAGACCCGGAGUAUGCAUCAGAUCGCAAAGACGCUCUACAACCUUUUCAUCUUGGCCCUCGGAAUUGUUUAGGCAGGAACCUGGCAUACGUGGAAAUGAGAAUUAUGUUGGCACGUAUAAUUUGGAACUUUGAUAUCGAUCUUGCAGAUGACAGCCAGGACUGGAUGAAAGACCAGAUGAUCUACGUUUUGUGGGCAAAGGGGGCGCUGAAUGUCUAUCUGAAGCCUGUUUUGAGAGACUGA